AGCCAGCGCGCUCCCCAUGCCAGCCCCGCAUGUCAUCCUCUUUCCUGUCUAGCCUGUUCUGCUGCUGUGGAAAGCUCGACGAACGCAGUGACGAUGACAUUCCAGACGAGAACACUCGACUCAUACCCCAUAGCAUUGAGGUGUCUCCAAGUCCUCCGGCAGGGCCGACAAUCGACCAUCAAAGACGCUUGAUAGAGAUUGUGAGGGCGAAAGAGAGGAAAAUGGUGAACGUUGCCUCCAUCAUCCCGUUCAAUUUGCAUAACCGUGCCAUAACGCCAACCGCGUCUCUUUCGCGGUCCACCUCGCUUUCUGCUCGGAGGAAUGAAAACUCAUUGACGGCUUCCAAUGAGGGCCGGGAGCCUCUAACAGUGACGCUUCGUGGGCCUCCAUCUCCGCUGAACGCCAGCACCCCACCACGGAACGCGUCUAGUUCGCAAUCGCGCUCGGAAUCUGCUUCUGGACUUCCCGCGGACCUGGGGAUCGCCACCCCAAUUCUCAAUGUGCGCUUGGUACCCACGUCACAGCCUGCACAGGCAGAGCGAAUAGGACGGCCCCGACAUCGAGCUUUUGGCUCGCCUGUUUCUUCGGAGUCUACGAAUGACGUGGCAGGUGCUUUGCUGGCAGGGGCGCCAUCGAGCCUCGGCUCUGAAAGAAUGCCGACGUCUGAAUCGGCAGCAAUUUCCGAACCGUUAAAUGAGAUCUGUCUAAGCUGGGAAGAUGGCGAUUAAUUCUCCGUUGGCUUCGAAGCCACAAUUCUGCCUCAAGACGAACGCCGGGCGCUAGUCUUUCUCUCCUGGAUAAUAGCUAUACAUACCGUACUGAUUAAGCUGAAACGAAUAGAUUCCGUCUAAUGCCGACCCAAUCUUCGAAGUCUGUACGACCGACGACGAUUCUUUUCGGAAGAGAAUGUAUCGUAUCAACGCCCCAUGCUAUAAAGCGCGUCACUCAUGACCGCUCUGCAUGGCCUACACCAUCCAGCCAACCCCGUCGUUGGGACGUAGCAUCCCCGCAAACUCGCCUUUCUCAUUGGUCACUUCUCUACCUGAAUGGAAAAAUAACAUUGCCCUUGCUUCAGGCAAGGCGCAAGGCUUCCAGCACCUGAUGGAGACAAACUAUCCUCGCUUCGCAUGUCAUGCCCGAGUCACGAAACUCUCCGCUAUCAUUUCCGAUGCUCUGGAUCCAGUUCAAAAAAGAGCCAUGCUG